GCGAAUCAAGCGCGUACAUUCCCUACGACACUCCUCAAGACAACAUCAAAAUGCCCGGCAAGGUCAAGGCGUACGAACUCCAGUCCAAGUCAAAGAACGACUUGUCCAAGCAGCUGACAGAGCUCAAGAAUGAGCUCUUGAACCUCCGCGUGCAGAAGAUUGCUGGUGGCUCUGCAGCCAAGCUGACCAGAAUUAACACUGUUCGCAAAUCCAUUGCGCGGGUCAUGACUGUUAUGAACCAGAAGGCCCGGCAAAACCUUCGCGAGCUGUACAAGAAGAAGAAGUACGCUCCCCUUGACCUCCGGCCUAAAAAGACUCGUGCUAUCCGCCGUCGACUGUCUAAACACGAAGCAUUACUCAAGACCGAAAAGCAGCGGAAGAAGGACAUUCAUUUCCCCACUCGGAAGUACGCCAUCAAGGCUGCAUAAACCAGGGGAGUGGCUAUCGUCGUGGAGUAGCAGAGCCGGGUUGUUGUCUUUCUACUAUCUUCCUUCUCUAUUUGUCGUACGCCUCAAUCAACUCAAGCCAAGCC